AAUAGUAGAGAGAGAGACUUGGGCAUUCGGCGAUUCGGCCUAGCGAGCAGAGCAGAGUGAGAAGAGACAGAGCAAUGGCGUCCUCGCCGCCGCCGCCGCCGCCGCACCCCCUCCCCACGCAGAUCCCCCUCACCCCAAAGCCCGAACCCGACGCCCCUCUGCCCCCCUGCCCCGCCCCUCCCACCGCCCUCAACCCCAAGCUCGAAACCAUGGCUCUUACCCCGGAGCACUGCGAGCUGGAGCCCUCCCCCGACGGCCACCUCCACUUCACGCAGCACCAGAUCGACGCCAUCCCCGCCGACCUCCCCCUCGUCGUCUCCAACCCACCACCCGAGCCCAACCCACAAGGUUCGAUUCCCCCGCGCUCUGACACAUCCGUCUCGGCCUCUUCGUCGUCCGCCAAGAAGCGAGCCCGCGGCAGCGCCCGCGCCGGCGACAUGGUGCGGGUCAAUACCGUGACGCCUCAAGACCGCAUCCACUUCCGCUCCCUCGUCCGCCGCGCGCGCCUCACCUUCGAGGCGCUCCGCGGGAUCUACCAGCGGGAGGAGUCGUACGACGGCGGGCCCCGCAACCGCUUCGACCUGCGCGCCUCCAGCAAGAUGCUCUCCCGGGGCCUCUGGCUCUACCGGGACGUGCGCAUCGUCGGGCCCAUCCCCGGCGUCCUCGUCGGCGACGCCUUCCACUACCGCGCCGAGCUCUGCGUCGUCGGCCUCCACUGCACCCCGCAGGCCGGCAUAGGCUACAUCCCCGCCAGCCUCGUCAGCGAGGGCCACCCCGUCGCCACCAGCAUCGUCUCCUCCGGCGGGUACCUCGACGACGAGGACAGCGGCCAGGUCCUCGUGUACAGCGGCAGCGGCGGCCGGCAGCGCAACCGCGUCGAGCACCACGCCGACCAGACCCUGGAGCGCGGCAACCUCGCGCUCCACUACAGCUGCCACUACGGCGUGGAGGUGCGCGUCAUCCGCUGCCACGCCUGCGAGUCCAGCCCCAGCCGGAAGGUUUAUGUCUACGACGGCCUCUACAAGGUGGUCAGCUCCACCUACGACAUGGGCAAGUCCGGCCGCCAUGUCUGCAAGUACACGCUGGUGCGCCUCCCUAACCAGGAGGAGCUCGGCAGCAGCAGCUGGUGCUUGGCCAAGGACAUCAAGGACAAGCUGCUGGCCAACCAGGCCCUCCCGCCCGGCUACAUCUCGCCGGACCUGUCAAACGGCAAGGAGGUGCUCCGUGUCCCCGUUUUCAACAGCAUCGACCAGGAGAGCUCUCUCCUUGACUUCGGCUACAUAGCCCGCCCCGAAUUCCCACUGCCGCUGGUGAAGCAGCAAAUGGGCUGCCACUGCACGACCUCGCCGUGCGGGCGUGAGUGCGGCUGCGUGAUGAGGAACGGCGGAGGCCCGGUGUACAAUGAGGACGGCACCCUUGUCCGGGGAAGGCCGGUGGUGUACGAGUGCGGCGUGCUCUGCGCUUGCACCAUGAGCUGCGUGAACCGGGCGACCCAGCGCGGCAUGAAGCACACCCUCGAGGUGUUCCGGUCCAUGGAGACGGAAUGGGGCGUCAGGACGCUGGAACUCAUACAGCCAGGCGCCUUUGUGUGCGAGUACAGUGGAGACGUGGUGGUCACCACCGGCGACUGCGAGUUCGCCAUGGACGAGGGCAUCGUUAUCGACCCAAAGAGCUUCCCCAAGAGGUGGAGCGAGUGGGGGGAUGCGUCCGCCGCGCUUGGAGACGAUGACGACAAGGUACCCCGCCCCCGGUUCCCCCAUUUCCAGGAGCCGGGCUAUGUGCUCGACGUGUCCCGCCGGAGGAACUUGGCCAGCUACAUCAGCCACAGCUGCACUCCCAAUGUCUUUGUGCAGCUAGUCCUCCGCGGCGGCGAGAACGAAUCGUGCCCUCACCUCAUGGUGUUCGCCAUGGACGCCAUCCCGCCUAUGCGCGAGCUGAGCAUCGACUACGGCAUCGAUCAGCAAAUCUGCAUAUGAGGAGAGGGUCCAGCGACGGCAAGUUCAGUUCGACUCGAUGGACUGAAGGUGCACUGUGAAACUCACAGACUAGUGCAAGAAUUUUUUGGUAGCUAGUGUUGGUGAGCAAACAUACUGCUCUUCACUUUUGCUGAAGGUUGCACCCCUCCCCUGAAUUGGGAAAGUGAAACAGAGGGGAGCCCCCUAGCUAGUUGUUAGACAUUCGUGCCUGUAGUAGAUUUUCAGUUGCUAGCUUCUGACUGUCGUCGUACUGGUAUGGGUGGAGUGCAAUCUUAAACAGGUUCAUGUUCAAGAAUUUGGUUUAUCUUUUUGCCAAGUGAACCUGGUUGCUGUUGGGUUGUUUGUAAGAUGAUGAUGAUAAAGAGCAUGCAUGGGAGUGUAUGUUUUGGUAA